AGUAACAAAAGGUAUAUGCCUCUUCUGAUCAUCAAUUACUUUUUUCUCUUUGUGGGUUCGGUUUCUUCGAGUUUGCUCUCAAAGUACUAUUUCAUUCACAAUGGUUCAAGCCGAUGGGUCUCCACUUGGGUUCAAUCCGCUGGUUUUCCCUUGUUGCUCAUCCCGAUUUGGGUUCCUUAUCUCCUCAAACUCACCAAGCGACAACCUUUUACUGAUUUCAAUCCGAAAUUUUUAUUCCUGUCGGUUUUUGUCGGCCUUAUGUUGGGGUUGAACAAUCUGUUAUUCUCUUGGGGCAAUUCGUAUCUUCCAGUUUCAACUUCGGCUCUUCUUCUUUCUUCUCAGUUAGUUUUCAAUCUCCUCCUAUCUGUGAUCAUAGUGAAACAGAAAAUCACUUUCUCGAAUCUCAAUUGUGUGAUCCUCCUCACUAUAAGCUCUUUCCUUCUCGCCAUUGAUUCAAGCAACGAGAAGCCACAAGGGAUGAAUAAAGAGAAGUACUUCGUUGGGUUCUUCUGCACAAUCGGUGCUGGUUUGUUGUUCGCUUUGUAUUUGCCGGUGAUGGAGAUGGUUUACAGGAAGGUGUACUGCUACGAGAUGGUGAUGGAGAUGCAGCUGAUAAUGGAGAUGGCAGCGACGGUGCUGGCGGUGGUGGGGAUGGCGUCGGACGGCGGUUUUUCGGACAUGAAGGCGGAGAGCGAAGGGGUUUUCGACAAGGGGAAGGGCGUGUACUGGGUGACGGUGACGGCGAACGUGGUGACGUGGCAGCUGUGCUUCAUGGGAACGGCGGGGAUGGUGUUUUUGACCUCGUCGAUCACCGGAGGGAUCUGCAUGACGGCGUUGCUGGCUAUGAAUGUCAUCGGAGGCGUGGCGGUUUUCAAAGAUCGGUUUGACGGCGUGAAGGCCAUAUCCACUGUGUUGUGCAUGUGGGGUUUCUGCUCUUAUGUGUAUGGAUUGUUCAUUAAUAUGAAGAAGCAACAGAAACACAGUGACAAAGACGACGAGACUGAGAUGAUUAAUAGGUAA